UUUUCAACUGUGGUUUUGACUUUUUUUGGGUAGGGGUCGGUAAUACUGUUUGUACGCGGGAGAAAGAUUCAGCGCCACGUUCGUUCAGGGAAGGUUUUUUGUUGCUGACCCGUCAAAAAGUACCAAGGAUCCGCUGUCACAUUAAGAAUGUCAUCUGCAGAGCAGCCUCAUGAAGAAGAACAUCACGAUGAAGUGGCAAGCAGCUAUGUUCCACCACCACCUAAAUCUAUUGGAGAGCUGGUGGCAGCAGAUCAGGAAGAUGAGAGUCUAAGAAAGUACAAGGAAACCCUGUUAGGAAAUGCCAUUGCUGAAAACAUUGUUAUAGAACCAGGAAAUCCUAAAAAGGUUUUGGUGAAAAAACUAGUUCUUGUGUCAGAAGGCCAGACUGAGAAGACUUUAGACCUUUCUGGAGACCUUUCUCAACUGAAACAAACUGUGUUUACCAUCAAGGAAGGUGUACAGUAUCGCAUUCGUAUCGAAUUUUUCGUUCAACACGAAAUUGUUACUGGACUCAAGUAUAUUCAAAAGACUUACAGGAAAGGAAUUCAAGUGGACAAAAUGACUCACAUGGUGGGAAGCUAUGCCCCUAAGAAGGAUCUUCAAUCUUACACGACUCCGCUGGAAGAUGCUCCGUCCGGAUUAUUAUACCGUGGGCAUUACACGGUCUCAUCUUUAUUUACCGACGACGACCAGAACGAACACCUCAAGUGGGAGUGGUCAUUUGAAAUUAAGAAAGAUUGGAAUUGAAGACAAAUUAACGAUGAGAUGUGAUUAAUAUGCCUUAUUGUAUCCUGGAAGACCCCAAAUUUUCUUUUGUGAGUUGAGAUUAUACCUUGUUCUUUUCAAAUUUCCAUGUAUUCUCGCACAAACCUUUCUUAUUUCAUUUACUGUUUCUAUAUUAUUUCCCUUUACUCCUUCCUAGUCAUCAUCUAUUUUCUAUCGCUCGUUUUUCCAGGAUCCAGUUUGAAUGUUUCUUCCUUCAUUUACUUCUUCCCCAUAAAGUCUCAUCAACAUUUUUCUUUAAACAUUUUUUUCUUGGAGGGGCUAGAGCGCCGUUUUCAAUAAAUCAAAGUUGUUUCGAUGAA